GCCCGUGCAUGGAGAGCUGCGGAUGAAGCCGGAAACAUCGGAAUAUUGACACAAUAUAUUUUGCUUCAGUAUGUUCCAGCAGUGAAUUUUUUACCGGUGGUAUCACUACCUUGUGACAGCUCCACAGACUCUAUAACAAUACCAGGAAAUACAGCCACACUACCAAACCCCUGCAGAAGGCCACUCGAGCUCAGUUAUGAUGAUUCAAAUGCUAACUACACCUGUCCAGUAACUUUCACUCGCAGGUGGACAUUUACAGAUGGUUGCACACAGGAAUUAUCCAUCUUUGAGCAGGAGAUAUCUCUAUUUGAUGUGUGCCCUCUAAAUGCUUGUGGUCAGCCAGAAUCCCCACCUCAUGGUAUCUGUAUACAGGGCAGCUGUUUGUGUAAUAGGCCCUGGUUUGGCGAGCAAUGUGGCAUUCUUAUUCAUUCAGUUGUGGUUGAACCUAUUGACGGCGUUGUCUUGCAAGAGUUGGAAGAUUAUACUAGGACGAUCUCAGUUGUCAAUGGAACACGUCCUUUUCUCUUCUCACUCCUCUCAUCCCCAGACGGGGUGAUAUUGAACCAGAAAACACAAACAGUUUCAUGGCGCAGAGUGCAGGUUGGCAACUACACAUUAACAGUUGAAGUUCAGAAUGAAGUAAGUGUCGAGAGAGUGUCAUGGUCCCUUGUAGUGAGCCCUGGCUAUACUGCAGUCCUGGAUCCAGUGACUGAGAACCUUUACCCUAGAGCAACCCCUAUAGAACUGACUGGUCGAGUCGAGUACUUUGAAGGAAACACAAUUGAAGGUCUCCUUAGAGGGUUUGUGCCAGUCACAAUAGAAAUCAAUGGUCUCAACGGAAGGAGAGAGUUGAAGACAUUCAGUCAGAGAGACAGGACAUUUUCAGGCGUUUUUUACCCAGCCCACACUGAGUAUGGGUCCUACGUGGCUGGUGCCAAACACCCACGUGCACCAAGAGCCACUGACCAAACAAGUUGGGACUUCCUUGGGAUGUCAUUCACCCCACGAAAUGUGCAAUUGAGAGAAGCAACUGUCACUUCAUUUGAGAAGACCUUCCACAAUGUGUCAUUUCUCAUCAAUGAUGGUCCACAAGCCCUUCACAACAUUUUAGUGAUCAGCUCUUUAGAGAACAUGGACCAGCUGACGAUCACAGCAACUCUUAGCCAUUCAGAAUUGCAACCAGGUGAAACUACCUCAAUCGACAUCUAUGUAAAAUCUGCAAGUGCCCUUCAGGCUUCAUUUUCAAUUACAGUACGCUCAGUGGAAGGCACUGAAGCCUCUCUCUUUGUCAACCUUUUCAUAGCACAGAUCCUUCCCAAACUUGUCAUCAGUCCAUCUUCUAUCACCACAAGAGUGGUUAGGGGAACAGCCCGCAGUUUGGACUUCAAUGUCACUAAUGUUGGGAGUAUACCAGCUAACAUGGUGAGAACAGUUUUGCCCAAUGUAGCAUUUAUGUCGCUCGUCAAUUUUGGAACUGCACAGCAGCAAAAUGAACGGCAACUGACGCUGGACAGUGGUGAUUCUGCCAUAUUGACUGUGUUGGUUACGGUCCCUCCAGAAGAACCUCUUGGGGAGAUUUCUGGUAGAAUAGUCAUAUCAUCCAUGGAAACCUUUGAAACUAUUCGCUUUAGGAUACUUGUCUCUUCAGACAUGCUUAUGAACUUGACAGUACUGGUAGAAGAUGAGUACUCCUAUUUUGCUGAGGGGCGACCAUUACUUAGUGGUGCAGUUAUUACACUUACAAGCAGACAGCGUGGUAUUAGAGAGAUGCUGACUACAGGAGAGAGUGGAAUGGUAACUUUCUUGAAUAUCAAUGAAGAUAGAUAUCAGCUUCGGGUCACCGGCCCUAACCAUGCACCGCUUGAACAGAUCUUGGUGACCUCAGCAGAAGAGCCUGUUCACACAGUAUUUCUACCAAGGAGGGCUGUAACGUACUCCUUCACUGUAGUCCCGACCACCUUCGAUGAGACAUACACAGUGACGCUAGAGGCAGACUUUGUGACACAUGUUCCAAUUCCAGUGGUGACCAUAACACCAAGAGAGGUCUCACUGGAGCCAUACGAACUGGGACUGAAAGACACAAUUCAAUACAACAUCACAAACCACGGCCUUAUCAGAGCUGAUGAUGUAGGUUUCCAACUCCCAACUGGACACCCUUUCCUCGAGUUUUCAACUGAUAUUGAAGAGUUUGGUUCUCUUGAGGCACUGACCUACAUUAUUGUUCCGGUGAAGGUUACACGUAUUGAGGGUAGGGAAAAGAGAAAUGUGGCUGCAUGUAUUCUCUACGCAAUUGGAGUCGCAUAUUCCUAUGUGUGUGGUGAUGUCCAGCAUCGUUCUGCCACAGCAAUACUCAGGGGAUUUGGACAGGUGUGUGGGGGAGGUGGCAACAGCGAUAGCAGUGGGCGUAGGGGGAAGAUAUAGGUUGAUUGGCCCACCCAGACGAAGUGGUGACCCAAUCUCUAUCAGUUCUACUUAUACCCCAACGGCGAUCCACUGUGACAAUUGUCUUAUUAGUGUCAUUGGAUGUCUACCCAUCAAACUGCCUGGUUUUAGCUGUACCACUUCUCUUUCUCGCUAGUUUAUAACUUUGGAUCUAAUCCAGAUAGAUCUCCUUUCAAUCUAACUGACAUUGCUGAUUGGUCUAGUCUCAUUGGCUGUAUUCUUUCAGUGAUCCCUGUAACAGCACCAAUUUCAGGAUUAUUUUGCCUUCCUUCCCUGCUCCGUGACUGUCUUGGCGCUGACACAACAAUUGGUCGCAGAAGGCGAAGUCUAGCAAACACUGUUCGUGAAACUAUUCCAUAUUUCUACGCAAUGCACGAGUUUACAUUACUUGGCGUUGAAAUAUUAGGUGAUGAAAGGUGGUUAAGACUAGUAUCUGAUCCACUAUGGGUAUCAGAUGUGUUGCGCCCAGCAUUAGGUGACUCCAGCAGUGGAGGAAUUAUAAUUACUAGAGAUGAGUUUAGCGCAAUCACAAGCUUGCCCCCACCUCGUAAUGCCACAAGGGAAAUGGUGGGAUCCCUGCUGGAAAGGUUUAAUAACACAUUCAUUGGGUGGGGUAAUGGAACACUUGAGCCUCAAAAUGGAUCCAAUAUGGUGUCGUACAGUGCGGUUCAAAACUUCACCAGAAAUGUGCACACUGCCCAUGGACUAAUUGGUUUGGGGGAAGAAGAAUCGUUUCUUGAUUCUUACAAUGAUGUAAUAGAGCAAUACAACAUGAUUGCAGGGGCAGAUGAGGAUGAAGAUGAAGGGGUUUGUGCAGUUGUCAGAAUCAGAAUAGAGCAAGAAAUUGCAUUGACCAGAGAUGCUUUUCUGGCUAGACUAGAGAUUGAGAACAUGGAAGCAACAGAAUUACGGAGAAUUGAAAUGACCUUCCUUAUUACCGAUGUUGGCUCAGGAGCAGUGUCCACUCAACUCUUUGUCAUAGGGAAUGAGACACUGACUGGAGCUCUGAGAGACGGAGAUGGGGGAUGGAUCCUGGCCAGCAGUGAGUCAGGAGCUGCUGAAUGGCUCAUUGUCCCCCUGUCUGAGGCUGCCCCUACUGAAAACAGAAAUUACGACAUUGGAGGGUCAUUUUCAUACGUCUCAAGUGGAGAGAACAUCACAAUCCCACUCCUGCCCACUAGAAUCACGGUAGCCCCAGACCCUUCACUCAUCAUCCACUACUUUUGGGAGAAGUUUGUGAUUGGAGACAACCCAUUCACUGACGAAAGAGAGCCCUCAGUACCAUUUGCUCUGGGAGUGGCCAUCCACAAUGGAGGUUAUGGGACAGCAAUGAACCUGAGGAUAACAUCAGGUCAGCCAGAGAUCAUUGAAAAUGAGAAGGGACUCUUUGUUACUUUUAAGAUUAUUGGAACAAGAAUCGGAGGUGAAAGUGUGAGUCCCUCACUGACAGUAAACUUUGGAGACAUUGAGGCGAUGGAGACAAAGGUAGCCCGGUGGCUCCUCAUCUCCAGCCUUCAGGGGGAGUUCACAAACUAUUCUGCCAGUUUUGAGUACAUGAACCCACUAGGUGAUCCACGACUCUCUGUGUUGGACGAACUUGUCAUCCACGAUCUCAUAAGAAAUGUGGUCAUAUAUCAGGAAGAUGAGAACGACGGUGUCUUAGACUUUCUAGUGAACGAUGCUACUGACUUGUUUGAUAUUCCCGACGCAUUAUACAGCAGCAAGACCUUCACUAGAUACAAUGUGAGUGAAGGAGCAAUCGAAUCAAUCAUUCCUCAAGGUUCUGGUAGUAUAGAGGUCCUUGCAUCCAGCAACUUCAGUGGUUGGGUCUACUUCAGGUUUGAAGAUGUUGGCAGGGUGUUCACUGAAACCAAAAGAAGCAUCAAUUUCACAAAAGCUGUUGAUGGAGAGGUGACUCGACUACCUGCAGAGAAUGCAUGGGUUGCUGGGGAGGCUCAGCCAAGUCCAGACGAUGCAGAUCCAUUCUUCUUGCACAUUAUCGACUACCUGGAUGAGGCUGGGGAAGUUGUCUACCUCUUGAACCCAUGUGUAUCUGAUUGUGCCACAGAUGAACAAGAAUUUGAACCAAUUGUUCCUCCUGUUCCUCCGAUAAAUGUGGAGGUGGAGGCAAUUGGCUCAACCUGGAUCAUCCUCUCCUGGGAGCCUGUGGUCACAUCUUCUGGUGUGUUGAUCCAGCUGGUGCUGGUGAGCGGAGGAGGGACAGAGUACAAUGUCACAGUCGAUAGCCAGAGAGCGAAGUCCAACAUUACCAACUUAGAUGCUGGCGUCAUGUACUCGAUGAGAGUGGUAACUGUGGCAGAAGAUGGACAGAUGAGUUUUCCCAGUCUCCCUGCACUAACAAUGACACAGAUUUCAUUCGACAGACCGCCAGAGAACCUGGUGUUGGAGAGUGCCGGAGUGUCAUGGAUAGUGGUGUCUUGGUCUCUCUUCCCUGGAGAUGUCCUGACUUCAUCCCAGGUCAUCCUGGUCAGUGGUGGAGGGACUGAGAGGAACAUUACUCUAGAAGGCAAUGGGACAUCAGUGAAUGUGACGGGUCUUCAGUCAGGGACCGAGUACUCAUUCAGAGUGAUUGCAAUAGCCAGUGACGGACAGACAAGUACACCCAGUGCCGUUCUCACUGCCAGCACAGCUGGAACUCUAGUUCCCACAGAAGCUUUUUAUGAUACUGUAAUUGGAGAUCCGCUGUUCACGGUGGCUGUACCAGAAGAUCAGUUCAUGUGCUAUGAGAUUCAUGGACAUGCUGGAAAGUAUUUCAACCUCGUUUCGGACACAUGCACCUCCGUUAGUGCUCUUUUUACUGAACUGCCAUUUGAUCCAAGACGCAACAGAAUGAGUGAAAUCGGUAUUUACGCAGUGAGCACACGCAAUACUUGUGCCAAGAUCCAUAUCAGCCUUGAAAACUGUGCAGGUAAUUUGAAUAGUGAGACAGUCACCUCAAUCUAUCAACAAAAUGGUAUCAGUGUGAGACAAUACCUCAAUCGCUGGCGAGUCUCUGUCCCCAAUUGUGACUCCACGCAAUCUCUGAUAAUGUGGAUCUUCUGUGACAGUGAACCAGACAUGCUGCGAUUCCGCAUCGCCAGAGGCAACAACUUGGCUCCCACUUCCCAUGGACUUCUAGGUCAAUUUUGGAACAUUCCAAUUGCUGCAAUAGUUGAUGGCGGGGAACAUUUUGUGGUCCUAUUCAACUCUAUGAGUCCUCACUACCGCCGUAUACCAGCAGAGCUGGCAGCACUCACCUGGGACCACACCCUGGCUCCCUGUUACUAUGUGGGAGACUCUCAGGGUGGCCCCGAGAGAUCUAAUGACCCCAGAGAGUCUGUCAUUGAAGGAAGUGUGGCUUGGUACGAGACAUCUUCUCUGUUUGGAACAUCAUUCUUUUACAGCAAGUUUGAUGAGUCCCAGUGUAAUACUGGUGGAGAUUGAAUUUACUACUCCCUAAAAAAAACUCUUAAACUGCUGAACUGGUGUGUGCUUUAGUAGAGAUAAUUAUUAUUAUUAUUGUUGCUGUGCCUAAAAUGCCAUUAUAGAGCAGGUCAUGCAGUCAAUAGACUUAGCGAGCCCCACUGGGCAAAACCACUAGUACUUAGUGAAAUAGAGGUAGCUAUAUAGCUAACAUGUAGGUUACCAUACAUUUGUGAGAUAC